UUAAAGGUGAAGGGCCUUUUUUCGACAGGAUUUUUCUACGUUAUUUUAGCUACAAGUAUUGUGAUGAGAGCUUGCUUGAUAUAAAACAACACAUGGAAACUUUGGGGUGGGGGGGCAUUUACAAGGAGACGCUGUCAUCUACAAAAAGUGGCAUAAUCCAUUUUUUAAAGGCAACGGGAUUAUUAUUUUUUUUCUUCCCUAAAUUACUUUUAUCUUUAGGAAUUGUGACUGGGGACUUUCAAGAUAUAAAAUAAGAUACAGACAUAUUCUUUGACAUUAACUGUUUGUGCGAUCGGGCAGCGAUUCCUCCUUCUGUUUAAAAGGGGUGGACAGGGCUGGAAAGAGGGAAGAAAAAAAAAAGAGGGAAAGUGGAUGUCAAGUGCUCUGUGCCGUUUUCACCGGGACCCGUGUUGGUGGAGAGCCGUUACGGUGUUGGGAGGGUCGCACGUAAGCGAGGAUAGUUUGCCCUGGAUUUUUCAAUCAUUUGCGAGAUAAGGCUCCCGGACCACCACCUCCUCAUCCUCACCUCCGCGUUUUUUUCUUCCUCUCUUACCUCUGUGAUGUGCCGAGGUCCGCACGCGGGUAGAGGCUCGCGAUCACCGCGAGAGGAUUGAAACCAGAGCGCCUCCCCAACUGAUCAUCACCUUGCCUCCCUUUUCAUUUUUUCCUCAAUAUUUUUCCUCCGAGGUGGAGGAUUGGGGAGGGGGGUGGGGGGUUCUUAUUUCAUUUUUACCCACUUUUUCAACGAACACCUGAACUGAGUGAUGUUUUUGGAGUUUUUCAUUUUUCUCGUUUUUUGAAGCCCCCGACGAGGCCGGGCUGUGUACAGACAAGCAGUGGGGAUGACUUUAGAGUCGAUGAUGGCCUGCUGCCUGAGCGAAGAGGCCAAGGAGUCGAAACGAAUCAACGCCGAGAUCGAUAAGCAGCUCCGUCGGGACAAGCGCGACGCGAGGCGGGAGUUGAAGCUGCUCCUGCUCGGUACGGGUGAGAGCGGCAAGAGUACGUUUAUCAAACAGAUGCGUAUCAUUCACGGCACCGGUUACACUGACGAGGACAAGCGUGGCUUCACCAAGCUGGUUUACCAGAAUAUCUUCACUUCCAUGCAGGCCAUGAUCCGCGCCACAGAGAACCUGAAGAUCGGCUACAAGUACGAGCAGAACAAGGCAAACGCCAUGCUGGUGAAGGAAGUGGACAUUGAGAAGGUGAUGUCAUUCGACCAUCCCUACAUUAAUGCCGUAAAGAUGCUGUGGUCAGAUCCAGGCAUUCAAGAGGCAUACGACAGGCGCAGGGAGUACCAGCUGUCAGACUCCACAAAAUACUAUCUAUCCGAUCUGGAUCGCAUCGCCGACCCCUCCUACCUUCCCACCCAACAGGACGUGCUGAGGGUUCGAAUCCCUACCACAGGGAUCAUUGAAUACCCAUUUGACCUUCAAAGCAUCAUUUUCAGGAUGGUUGAUGUUGGAGGUCAGAGGUCAGAGCGCAGGAAGUGGAUCCACUGCUUUGAGAAUGUGACGUCCAUCAUGUUCCUGGUGGCUCUGAGCGAGUACGAUCAGGUUCUGGUCGAGUCGGACAAUGAGAACCGUAUGGAGGAGAGCAAGGCUCUGUUCAGGACGAUAAUCACAUAUCCAUGGUUCCAAAACUCCUCUGUCAUUCUCUUCCUCAACAAGAAAGAUCUGCUAGAGGAAAAAAUCUCCUACUCACACCUGGUUGAUUACUUCCCAGAGUUUGAUGGGCCGCAGAGGGAUGCUCAGGCCGCACGGGAGUUCAUCCUGAAGAUGUUUGUGGAUCUGAAUCCAGACAGCGACAAGAUCAUCUACUCCCAUUUUACCUGCGCGACCGACACCGAGAACAUCCGCUUUGUGUUUGCGGCGGUGAAGGACACCAUCCUUCAGCUGAACCUGAAGGAAUACAACCUGGUGUGAGAUGUGCAACGGUCUGACACGAUCACAUGAUCAGCACAGAACAGGCACCUACAGAGCGUGCGCACACCUAGGUCCACACGCAAACACAUAUACAAACACAUGCAUCAUUUAUAAAUUCAACAACACGUGGCUCUUGCAAUUUUCUUUUUUCCACAGCUUCCAGAAAUAAAGGACAUCUCCUGCUCAUCAUUUUUUCUUUUUCAAAAUCUGUCCCGGCAACUUUCGUCAAAGGCCUCUUUCACUUUUCUCAAAUUUGACCAGCAAAAGUGUCUCGAAUUUGACAAAGGGCGUUAGAUAUGCAGUUCCAAAAUUUCCAAGAAAGUAUUCAGAGGAAAUGUUGGAUUGGCAGAGCCUUGAUGGAUGGAACAAUCUGUGAAAUGCUGGCCUGAAAACUAGAAGUGACGUUCCUUCCACAUUCAUUUGCUAUUACGCACUCCAAUCAUGUCAUCUGUUUCGAGGAUUUCUCGGAAUUCUGCCUGGAUGAAUGGAAAAUGUGUUUUCACAAAGAAAAAAACAAACAAAAAUCACAACAUAUUUACAUACUUGUACUUGGACACAAGGACAAGUGCUGUGGUGCCGGAAAGUUCUGAACGGAUCCAUUGGAUCUGUCUAGAAUUCCGAGGAUUCUGGCAAAUUCUAGAAUCCAGCGGGUUCCCUUGGGUUCCACUGAUGGUGUUGAGAACCUUUUUUUCUCGUAGAGAUGAUAAUCUCGAUGAGGAUAGUCUUCAACUUGCAUCGAUGAAUGUAAACUUCAUGUGAGAGCACUGCUAAUGCAAAAAAAAAAAUUUAAAUCAGAAAAAAAUAUAACGAACGCAAAUGGUUUAAGAAUGCCUAUAUAAGCAAAACGAUACAAAGCACGUGAGAGAGAUGAAGCUAAUUAAAUAAAUCUGUGUAUAUUGCUGAGAUGAUUAUUUUAAAAUCUUUUUAAUGGUAAGUAACUAGAGCUACUUCUACUGCUAUUGAAUAUAAAAUAAAUUAUAACAGCAGUCGAAUUAAAGAUGGGUUAGAGACAUUAAAGAUUUUAAAUGUGUGCGAAACAAGAUUAUAUACAUGCGAUAGGUAUUUGUUCUGCAGAUUUCAACAUUUAACAAUUAAAAUGAUUGCGUCGCUUCCUACCCAACUGAUUUUAUAUUUUGUAGUCUUUCCUACCUCCCCGGUUACAUUUGCAUUUUUCGACAGUAGCUGUCAGCCUAGUUUCGAUAUAACGAUAGUUUGGCGACUUACAGGCGUAACGCUCGGAGUGCGCGAUUAGUGUUUUUUCACUCAUGAACAGAUACUUUUUCAAUUCAGAAUCUGGGUUGUAGACUUCGCAAGGUAUUGUCGUCUUUCGAGGUGCACACAGUCCAUUAAAUGUUUACGCAAUUUGAAAAGAAACAAAUUUCAAAUACGUCAAUGAAUUCUGGUGGGUUCGGGGGGGCGGGGUGGGGGCGUGGACAGGAAAGCAUUUAUGCGCUGAUGUUAAUUGAAUGUGUAUAUUUAUAUUUGUAAAUAGGUAUACACAUUAUUGCUUAUGUACAAAACGUCUGUGGUACACUAUCUUUGGCAAAAAAAAUAAGAAAAAAACACUUUCGUAAUUAUGUACGGUUUUGUUGAUUUUCUUAUGAAUUACAAUAUUAUUGAAACUGUGAUUCUUGUUUUAAUUUAAUUUUUUAUUUUAUUGUCACUAUGAAUACUUCAAAUGAUAUACACUUAGCUAAAAAAAAUAAUAACACGUACAGUUAUGAGCAAUACUCUGAGAAAACGAAAUCAGACUUCUGAAAACGUUAUUUUGUUCGACAUCACAAGGAAACAUCGGAGCAGAAUGUUUUUCCUCAUCAUUUUUCCCAGGAGAUCGGAAAAAGCCUCCUCUACAUUGUGAAUAUUAUAUGAGAUAAAGAAUAUGAUUUUUAAGCAAAAGAAAAAGACUAAUUAAAGAACGUUUUAUUUAUAUAAUUUAUUAACCAGAUCUGAAGUUGUUGAUCAUUUGAAUGCUAUUGUUUCUCUUUCUAUUUGAAGCACUCCCAUGUUAUGAUACAGAAAUAGGAGACUAGUGUCUGUACUGCUGUAUAAAACUCCGUUAUAGAUAAAAAAAAAUUUACUUUUUAGAUUUUGUUGACAAACCCCCCCCCCCAGCAUAAUUGUUGCCAUUAUGUUUCCACGCAGUUAAUUGUAGUAUAAAUAUUUUUCUCUAACCACACUUUUCACUUUCUUACCUUUUUUUUUUUUUUAUCGUUAAAUUUCCGAAUGAUGUUUAGGUGCAGUGCUUAAAAACGAAAAUAGGAAAUUUACUAUAUGAAAAUAGACAGCUUGUUAUCUGUGAUUGAGGAUCUAUUUGGACAACGCUUGCAAGUAGUGACUUUUUACUUUACUUUCUAAUUUUAUUUCAUUUUCUUAAAUUCAUGGCUUGUUUCCUUCAUUGUGUAUGUGAUGCACAGAUAGAAAAGUGUUCUACGGUUAUUUUACAGUCAAUAUUUUAUACAGUUGAUGUAAUUUUCAUCAAGGGCUAAGAAAACAUGUCAAAACCAAUGUGAAAACUGAUACACGGCAGGAGUGAACAGUUGGCCGCAGCUUAAAGAUCAAAGUACGAUUCAGUAUUCAGUCAAAUGGUUUGAGAAAUUUGGUUUUUGCUGUACGUGGUCAGUUUAGCCAGUGAGUAAGUAUUCAAAUGUGUACUCAUACCAUCAAAUUCCCAUUCCACCAAAUUCUAAUGCAUUAUUCACUAUUUUAUCAGUUUUACUCCCCGAGUUAAUUACUUAUUGUUAUGGUCAUCAGAUUUUUUUAUUAGAGAGCACCCAAACAGGUUCACUUUCCCAAAUCCUAUCUUAACGUUACCUUAAAACCUCUGACGUAUUAUUUGUAGGCUGAAACAAUGUGGGGUUUGGAAAUGUCACAUUUCUAAAUCCUGAAAUGUUUUCUGCUCUCUUAGUUGUUCAUAGUGAUAAAAGUCUGAAACUGAUGAUACAAAGCAAAUUGUGGCCACUGAACAGUAAAUAAUUUAACAGCUAAAAGAGGUAUUGGAUUGAGUCGAGACAUAUUUAGACACUAUAGUGCAUCCUGUGGCAGUGCGUUGUUCACUUGACAUAUGUGUCUCUUUGAAAUGAGUGAUCUUAGUCAAGUUUAUGGCUCAUAAAGACCCUUUGCUCUUGUAUUCUGUCAGUAACGCUAUGAAAAAAACAGUGUUAAUGGUUGCUUUGUUGCAUCUGAGGUUUGGAAGCUAGUGAUUGUAAAUGCAUUGCUCCUACAAUGGGACGUUGUCUAGCGCAGCUUGCUUUUCUUAAUGCACUUUUUCAUUUUUUCGUGGCACAAGGUAAAUGCCUGGAAACACUCUCUGAGCAAGUGCGACUCUUAACAGUUUGAAGCUUCACAUAUCACUGUCUUUGGAGUUGUGGGAAGGAAGUUACUUCCUUAGUGUGCCAGUUCCAGAGUUCUCGUGUUGACUUUACCAGAAGAACUGCUACCUCUGUGAACCUUGUGAUGUAUUUGGGCAUUGUAGGAUUGGUAGUCACGUGACAAGCACACUUAGUCUUUAGGGCACAGUCGAUUGUGGCUAAACUUUAUAAGAUGGGGGAAACGCAAUUUGGAUCUUGCCAACAGUCGCAAAGUUCAUUUAACUCUUGCUUGUGUUUUUCUGUUUUUACAACGUACGCUAAACAUGGCAGUCUACCAACACCUCCUAAGGUUGAAUAUUCUUUGUUGGCCAACUUCCUAAUGGUUCUGUGAGUUUUAAAUGAGAAAUAGCAUCUUUCCUGCUGUUUAUGAGAGAAUAUUCACAAUGGACUAUUGAAUAAACAUAUCUGUUUUGAGGGCUUUGGCUAUUCUUAAAGGCUUCUGGUCAACUGUUUUAGAUAGCACAGUUGGUAAGCGAUUUGGGGGGUACUAUAUGUGUAAGGGUUUUCUACACACUACUGUUUAGGCUAGAAAUAUACUUUACGCAAAUACACAAAUGUAGACACGAAUGCUUAGCAAACGCAUUGCAAGUGCGCUGUCUCCUUGAACAUAACACAGGUUUUUGCGUUACUGUUGUACUCAAGGGGACGUUAAAGUUUCCUUCAAAUGUUUGUGCCAAUAAACCGGAUGUGUUGUUAUUCAUGUAGCUAGCUAUAAACAUGUCAACUUCAAAAAACUUGCUCAGCAGGAUUCCCUUCAAACUGUUGUUAAGAGUAUUUGAUCUGCGAUAUAAAACUGCGCGACAGUUUACACUAAUGCCUGCUCUGUUGACCCUUGCUUCAACACUGAGAAUUCGGCAUGUUCUUGCUGUGAAUUACGAAUUUCGGUGUUACUCAUUUCAGAACGUAAAGAUGCACAAAAUCAAGCUUGCUUAGCUAAAAGUGUUUGAAGCUAUUUUUAAUGGGAAUGGUGUGUCGCAUGAACGUAGAGGAACAACUCAAGGUGUGCUGUAAAAGUGGUGCUAUAUCAUGUGACCAAAAGUGACCAUCCAAGAUGGAUCCAGUUUUGCUUUCCACACCCUGAAAACGUACCUUACGCAUUUGUAUCUGUCAAACGCUCAGUCUGAGCUUUCUGUAGUGUGUAGGCACCCUAACGUGUUUUUGUGUGUGACCUAGGGACAUAAAAACAAAGCCUUUUGCCUUUGAAUUUGUCUGAGCUCUGUCUACAAAUUUGUCUGCCCAUCAAAUUUGUUGCCCCAUUGCAGACAGAAUAGUGAGACAGUUAUUUCAUAUAAGCAUGUAUAGUUGUACAAAUAGAUGCAUUAGCGUGGAUUGGUUGAAUGGUUGAUGUUCUGACCCAAAUGAAAGAAUCAUUGAAAUUUGAUUUCUGUUUUUCCUCCCCUUUUCUUUAUAAAUUUUCUGAAAAUUGCUUUGUCCAGAACCACUUAUAUUUUCUUUUUUUCUUUUUUAUUUUACUACAGGAUAAUGUCGAUUUAAUUAAGGGGUUUCUCUCACGCCUGUUCUCUGCUUCUUUUUACAUUUUUAUUUUGUAAUUAUACCAAAUGUAAAUGUUGGAUAAUAUUGUGCGUGCCAAUCCCCUUCUGUGAGACUGACUCAUAACAAGUGCCAAUUACUGUCCAAAUCACAUGUGGACUGUGAAAUUAGACACAGCCCCCUUUAAAAAUCGAGUAAAACACUAAAUAAGAGAGUAAAUAGUUUUACUUUGUAUUUAAGUCUGAAAAUAAACUGCUGUUUUUUUUUUUUUCUCUUUGCUAUUUGUUUUUAUUGUAAUUUUUAAAGAUUGUGCUCUUUGUCCAGAUGGGAGUUUUGGGCUCAGAUAAAUACAUUGAAGUCCUUGAGACGAGGAAACAUAGUGAACAUGUAUUUACUACAUUCUCGCCAUAUUUUUGUCAUUUUUAUUUGUAUUUGUUUCAUUUCAACUACUGUUGCCUGAACCACAUUCAAACAUGGAAAUGAUUUUCAUAAACGCCUAAAUUUAAAUAAAUUUGUUCCUAUACUUGC